AUGGAUCAAGUGAUCCUGGAACAGCUUAUCCAGUGCCUCCCCGACAGUGUGUGGGUUUGGGUGCAGCGACAUCAGCUGGCCACCCUAGAAGCUGCCGUGCAAAGAACGGAGGAGUAUGCUGAGGCUGACUUCCCACCGAGGGAGCAUCGAGCCCUGCGGGACACAGAGCGGGGCAGGAAACCCUGGUACGCCGGGUACAGGCUGACAAAUGGCAGAACAAGGUGUUCGGGGAGAGUGGAGCUUCUCCACGGAGGCACCUGGGGAACCCUCUGUGACUCCCACUGGGAUUUACAGGCUGCCCACACCCUCUGCCAGCAGCUUGACUGUGGAUUCGCUCUGUCAAUGCCAGCAGGGCAGCUCUUUGGCACAGGAGAUGGGCCUGUCUGGAACGGCACAUUUGGCUGUGAGAGGAAUGAAUCCCACCUGAGGGACUGUCCUGUUACUGCGCUGGGCUCAACUGAGUGUCCCCCUGGGAGCGAAGCCAGCGUGGUGUGUUCAGGCUGCCGGGGCAGCAGGUUAGUGAACGGCACCGAGUGCUCUGGGAGAGUGGAGAUCCGAUAUCGAGGCACAUGGGGAAGCCUCUGUGCCUCCCACUGGGAUUUGCAAGAUGCCAACGUCCUCUGCCAUCAGCUGAACUGUGGAUACGCCGUGUCGAUCCAGGGAGGAGCCCAUUUCGGAGAAGGGAGCGGAACCGUAUGGAGCGACACUUUUCAUUGUGAAGGGACUGAAUCCUGCCUGUGGGAUUGUUCUCACAUGGCCCUGGGCAACCCAGCCUGCUCCCCCAGAGACACGGCCGGGGUUAUUUGCUCAGGGUACGGCGGGUACCGGCUGGCAAAUGGCAGCACAGGGUGUUCGGGGAGAGUGGAGCUUCUCCACGGAGACACCUGGGGAACCCUCUGUGACUCCCAGUGGGAUUUACAGGCUGCCCACACCCUCUGUCAGCAGCUUGACUGUGGAUUCGCCCUGUCGAUGCCAGAAGGGCAGCUCUUUGGCACAGGAGACGGGCCUGUCUGGAACGGCACGUUUGGCUGUGAGAGGAACGAAUCCCGCCUGAGGGAGUGUCUUGUUACUGUGCUGGGCACAACUGAGUGUCCCCCUGGGAGUGAAGCCAGCGUGGUGUGCUCAGGUCGUUCUGAGUCGCUCAGGCUGUUGAAUGGAGUGAGCCAGUGCGAUGGGAGAGUUGAGAUUUCCCUCCAAGGUGUGUGGAGCAGAGUGCUGGAUGAUCAGUGGGACAUGAACGAUGCCAGCGUGGUGUGUAGGCAGCUCCAAUGCGGAGUCACUGAGAAAGCUUAUAACCCUCCUAAGUCUGAGCGAGGAACGGGCCCUGUGGGGCUGAGAAGGGUCCAGUGUGCAGGAAAUGAGACUCGUCUGACUCUCUGUGACAACUCCACAUCUGAGACAGCCCAGGCAGGAAUUGCUGAGGAUGUCGGUGUCAUUUGUUCAGGGAGCAGGCGGAUCAGACUGGUGAAUGGGGCAGGUCGCUGUGCUGGGAGAGUGGAGAUUUAUUACAAUGGCAGCUGGGGGACAGUCUGUGAUGAUUUCUGGGAUCAGUCAGACUCCAAUGUCGUUUGCAAACAACUGGGAUGUGGACAUGCCAUCAAUGCAACUGUCUCUGCUCAUUAUGGGGAAGGAUCCGGGCAGAUCUGGCUGGAUGAUGUGAACUGUUCUGGGAAUGAAUCUGAUCUUUGGACGUGUCCUUCCAGAGGCUGGGGCCAGCACAACUGCAGACACAAAGAGGACGCUGCAGUUCUCUGCUCAGAGUUCACAGAUCUGAGGCUGGUGAGUGACAGUGACUGUGCUGGGCGGCUGGAGGUUUUCUACAAUGGGACGUGGGGCAGUGUUUGCUCCAAUCAGAUGUCUGGAGUCACCCCAGCAAUUGUCUGCAAACAGCUGAACUGUGGGGAUGGAGGGCAGAUUGCAAGCGACUUUGAAUAUGGAGCAGGUUCCGGUCCCACGUGGCUGGACCAUGUUGCAUGCAGUGAGCAGCACAGCUCCCUCUGGCAAUGCCCAUCAGGCCAGUGGAAACAGCAGUCCUGUCAUAACCGUGCAGAAGAGACCCAUAUUUCUUGCAGUGGAAUAAAAGAAAAACCAUCUCAGACCCUGUUUGCCGAAUGCCCGAACUCUACAAGCUGCACAGACCAGGAGAAGUUACGUGUCGUGGGAGGAGAGGACGGAUGCUCGGGGAGAGUGGAGGUUUGGUACCGUGGCUCCUGGGGAACAAUUUGUGAUGACUCCUGGGACAUGGCAGAUGCUAACAUUGUGUGUAAACAAUUGGGCUGUGGAUCUGCUGUAUCUGCCCUGGGCAAGGCUGCAUUUGGUGAGGGGACUGGUCCCAUCUGGAUGGAGAUGUUGAACUGCAGAGGGACAGAGUCAUCUCUCUGGGACUGUCCUGCCAAGCCCUGGGGUGAUAAUAAUUGUGGCCAUAAGGAAGAUGCUGCUGUAAAUUGCUCAGAAGGAAGUGCUGAUGAGCUGAGGCUGGUGAACGGAAGCAGCCCCUGUGCCGGAAGAGUGGAGGUUAAACACCAGGAUCAGUGGGGGACGGUGUGUGAUGACAACUGGGAUAUGGAAGAUGCUGAGGUGGUUUGUAAGCAGAUGGGAUGUGGAUCUGCUGUCAGUGCCCAUGGCCGGGCUUAUUUUGGAGAAGGAUCUGGACCAACUUGGCUGAUUGUUGAUUGUGAUGGUGACGAGUCAGCUCUCUGGGACUGCAGUCAUAGAGGAUGGGGUAAAAUCACUUGCCUUCAUUAUUAUGAUACUGGAGUGAUCUGCUCAGGUCGCAUUGAGGUCCGGCUGGUUGGAGGGGACACUGCCUGCUCAGGACGUGUUGAAGUCAAAUCUGGAAAAAUGUGGGAGACAGUCUGUGAUUCACACUUGGAUUUCAACACUGCUUCUGUUAUCUGCAAUGAAUUAGGGUGUGGACAGGCUGUAGCCACCUUGGGAGCAGCUCACUUUGGAGAAGGGCAUGAUUUGAUCUGGAAGGAAGAGUUCCAGUGUGUGGGGAAUGAGUCUCUCCUUCAGAAAUGUCCCAGGAUGUCCCGUCCUAAUGACACAUGCUCCCACGCUAAUGAUGUCGGUGUAUUGUGCUCAGGGUACGCCGGGUACAGGCUGGCAAACGGCAGCACAGGGUGUUCGGGGAGAGUGGAGCUUCGCCACGGAGGCACCUGGGGAACCCUCUGUGACUCCCACUGGGAUUUACAGGCUGCCCACACCCUCUGCCAGCAGUUUGACUGUGGAUUCGCCAUAUCGAUUCCAGCAGGAGAGCUCUUUGGCACAGGAGAUGGGCCUGUCUGGAACGGCACAUUUGGCUGUGAGAGGAACGAAUCCCGCCUGAGGGACUGUCCUGUUACUGCGCUGGGCACAACUGAGUGUCCCCCUGGGAGCGAAGCCAGCGUGGUGUGUUCAGGUCGUUCUGAGGCUCUCAGACUGCUGAAUGGAGAGAGCCGAUGCAAUGGGACAGUGGAGAUUUCCCUCCAUGGUGUGUGGAGCAGAGUCCUGGAUGACCAGUGGGACAUGAACGAUGCCAGUGUGGUGUGUAGGCAGCUCCAAUGCGGAGUCGCUGAGAAAGCUUAUAACCCCCCUAAGUCUGAGCGAGGAACAGGCCCCGUGGGGCUGAGAAGGGUCCAGUGUGCAGGAAACGAGACUCGUCUGACUCUCUGUGACAACUCCACAUCUGAGGCAGCCCAGGCAGGAAUUGCUGUAGAUGUCGGUGUCAUUUGCUCAGGGAUCAGACGGAUCAGACUGGUGAAUGGGACAGGUCGCUGUGCUGGGAGAGUGGAGAUUUAUUACAAUGGCAGCUGGGGGACAGUCUGUGAUGAUUCCUGGGAUCUGUCAGACUCCAAUGUCGUUUGCAAACAACUGGGAUGUGGACACGCCAUCAAUGCAACUGUCUCUGCUCAUUAUGGGCAAGGAUCCGGGCAGAUCUGGCUGGAUGAUGUGAACUGCUCUGGGAAUGAAUCUGAUCUCUGGGCGUGUCCUUCCAGGGACUGGGGCCAGCACAACUGCAGACACAAAGAGGAUGCAGGAGUUCUCUGCUCAGGUCUGUUCUAUCUGAGGCUGGUGAGCGACAGUGACUGUGCUGGGCGACUGGAGGUUUUCUACAAUGGGACGUGGGGCAGUGUUUGCUCCAAUGGGAUGCCUGGAGUCACCGCAGCAAUUGUCUGCAAACAGUUGAACUGUGGGGACGGAGGGCAGAUAGCAAGAGACUUUGCAUAUGGAGAAGGUUCUGGUCCCACGUGGCUGGACCAUGUUGCAUGCAGUGAGCAGCACAGAUUCCUCUGGCAAUGCUCAUCAGGCAUGUGGAAACAGCAGUCCUGUGAUAACCGCGCAGAAGAGACCCAUAUUACUUGCAGUGGAAAGAAAGACAAACCACCUCAGGUGCUGUUUGCCGAAUGCCCAAACUCGACGAGCUGCACAGACCAGGAGAAGUUACGUGUCGUGGGAGGAGAGGACAGAUGCUCGGGGAGAGUGGAGGUUUGGUACCAGGGCUCCUGGGGAACAGUUUGUGAUGACUCCUGGGACAUGGCAGAUGCCAAAGUUGUGUGUAAACAACUGGGCUGUGGAUCUGCUGUACCAGUCCCAGGCGAGGCUGCAUUCGGUGAGGGGACUGGUCCCAUCUGGGUAGAAACAUUGAAUUGCAGAGGGACAGAGUCAUCUCUCUGGGACUGUCCUGCCAAGCCCUGGGGUGAGAGCAACUGUGGUCAUAAGGAAGAUGUUGGAGUGAAUUGCUCAGGUGUGACAGAGACGACAGCAUCACUGAGUAGAACAGCUCCCCCGCGCCGCCCUCUGACCAACAGUGGGAGAGUCACGGUGCCUGUGGUUAUCUGCAUUAUCCUGGGGGCCCUUCUCUGCCUGGUCUUAAUCAUCCUGGGGGCUCAGGUGCGAAGUGCCAGGGCACAGUACAGAGGCUCCAGAAGAUCCUUAGAACCUUUCUCUGAGGCCGUGUACGAGGAGAUUGAUUAUAACCUGAUGAGAAAGAAGCAGGAGAUGUUUGAUCACUCAGUUUCCUAUUCAGAUGACUCAGUGACGAAGCUGCAGUAUUACACUGGGGACAGCGAGGGGGAAAACGAUCGUGGGUUAGAACAAGAGGGAGAUUACCCGGGGGGCUCUCGUUUGGAUUACGACAACAUGGAGGAGCCUGCCUUGAACGACGUCCCCCAGACUCCAGACAGCCGAGAGGUCCCUGCCCUGCCUGGAGAUGACCCAGGGGAUGGUUAUGAUGAUGCCAGAGAAAUUUCUGACCCUGAAGAUGAUCCUGGUUCUGGACCAAGUGCCCAGGAAAUCACUGUGGCCCAUGGGGGAAGUGUCAGGAACUGGGAUUCACAGACAGGCUGGAACCUGCACUUGCUAAGAAGUGAAGGGGCCUCUAGGGCUGAGAGUGACGUCCUGUCCCCAGCUCUUCAUGACCCUGGUUAUGAUGAUGUUGAUGAUGGCGUCUCUGGGACAUCAAUAUAAAAAUGCCUGGGUUCAGAUCAAAUAUCCUGUGAGGAUGUAGAUGCUGUAUGGUUAGACUCUUCCUUUCUCAAAUGCUCAUUGGGCUAUGGGGGUACUGGAGACAAUCCUUGCCUGGGAACUACUUCAAUUAGCUUUUUUAUUUCAAUUUUGUUUAAAUGCA